AUGUCUCUUCACCCGAAUCCUAACACAAGUUUCUUUCGAAAGAGAUUGCUGUUUAAUGCUCGGCUGCCAGAGCGUGGAGCUGCAUUCAGUUUUUACUGUUGGGGCAGGAGACACGUUGUCCUUACAACACCUUCGAUGGUCAGAAGCUUGUUUAAGCAACGCCAGUCCACCUCAGCAGAGCCAUGCAUCAACUACCUACUGGACAACAAUUUUGGCUCAAACAGCCGUGCACGCAAACCUGGCCGAGAAGGCACUUAUCAUGGCGAAGCAGCAAAGUGGGCAAAGCUUCUAACAGACGAGCCAUAUCUCACCGAUCUAUCUUCCUUACUGGUCAAGGAAAUCGAACGAACUGCCCCAUCCCUGGUCUCAUUCACCUCCAGUGUUGUAGACCAAUGUCAAUGGGAAAGAACAGCUGGUGUAACUCUUCAAAAUGAAGAUGGUGAAGAAAGAAUAUGCAUAACCAAGCUAUACUCUUUGAUAAGUGGUUUCGUUGGGUCAACCUCCAUCAAUCUCUUAAUGGGGAAAACUCUGCUUGAUGUUUAUCCUAACAUUUUACCCGAUAUCUCCAUACUCAAUAGCAAAUUCAAUGCUAUGUUGCUUGGAAUUCAGCGGUGGAUUCCUUUCCCCGGCCUUGUCAAUGCAUAUCUCGCUCGCAGGCGCCUGCUAGUAUGUCUGACAGUUCAAAAUGCCGUGUUUAGCCAGAUAGAAAAUGGACAAGAACCUGAGGCUGUCUGGCGGGAUUUAGACGAUAUUUCUGCCGCAGUUCAGGCCCGAAUGCGAAUGCGCAUCCGCAAUGGUUAUUCCGCCGAAUAUGCAGCCGCGGAAGAUUUGUCUUUGUUAUGGGCAGUUACUGCCCGCGCCGGUGCCUUGGUAUUUUGGAACCUUGUUCACAUACUCGCCGACCCCAAGUUACACGCAGAAAUUUUGCAUGAAAUUGGCCCCUAUGCAAUACUCAAACGCUCGAGUCCCGGUGAAAGCUCUUUUGGCCUACCAGAACCUCCACGGGUGUCAUUGGAUAUUGAUAGGCUCAUUGGAUCUUGUCCUUUGCUGAUGGCUACUCAAAAAGAGACCAGCCGACUCUACUCAACCCCUUAUACCUACCGAAAGGUUACCUCCGAUAUUAACCUUACCGAGUCCGACGAGGAUGCAUCUUUCAAUUCUAGAGUAGCCCUGGGCUACCAUUUAUCUGAGGGCGAUUUUGUUGUCAUACCCCACUCUUUGCGAAAUAGGGACCCUCUUUACAACAAGUCGCCUGACAGCUUUGAUCCACGGCGGCACCUUACCGAGAUUUCUCAGGCUGAUGAAUUGGAAGAAAAGGAAGAUUCACAAAGCGCCGUAGAUGAGGAUAUACAAGAUUGCCCAGCAGGUUGGGAUGAUCCAGUUUCCAUUUGGUGGAAGUUAGAACAGAAGAAAAUUAUUGGCACCUUAGCCGCCAUUUUGGUAACCUGGGAUAUCAAGCCUACGAAGGGGGACAACUGGCAAGUUCCUAACCGGAGAGGCGGAAGCUUGAUUGAUGAACCAAGAGAUUUACAGGUUAUGCUAAAGAUGAAAGCCUAG